UUAUAUCGAUGUGUUUGAGUUUGUAUUUUUGUAUCAUCGUUUCACUUUUGUUUGUCAUUUGUGAACUUAAUAAACUUACCACAAUGCAAAGUGAUUAUUUAAUGAAAUUAUUAUUGGAACCUCCAGAUGUUGGAGAAAGUGAGAAAGAUAUUCAUUGAAGCUGAAAAUAAUUGGACAUUUAGAUAUUCCACCAAUUACUAUUAUAAUGCUAUUAUAGAUAUUUAUACAUAUCUGGUGGAGUCUCACAGUUACACUACUUUAAACAGCAGAUGAAAGCAUACAAAAGCCUUCAGGCACAUAAGAGCCUGUACAACUGGAUUUGUUUUGUUAACAAAAUUGUUAAUGAUUUCUAUAUUAUUGUUGGAAAGGUGAAGCAUUCACAAAAAGCUAACGCUAAACCACUAGAUACUUGGGUGAUAGCCAGUUCCAAUGGCAUAGCAAAUGCACAUUGUAUGUGUAUGGCCGGUAAUAGUGAAGUUUGCAGCCAUAUUGCAGCAAUCUUAUUUGCAGCUGAGUAUGCCCACAGCAAGACAGAACACGAAGAACCCAAUGCAUGUACAUAUGUUACAGUUAUGUACAUGGUUUGGAGAUAACAACAUAUGCAAUCUCUGAUGAAAAACUAAUGAAUUUUGAAACUGUUCGGUCAGAGUGCUUGUUGCACUCUCUAAACGAACUGAAAUAUAAGACGGCUUUGGCUUCU